CCAGAACCAGAACCACAGCCUCCGCGUCCUCACCGCGGCCUGCGCCUGUGAGUUCCUCGGGGGCCUCCGCGUCCCCCCGAACAGCACCGCCUGCGCCGCGAUGCUGCAGGGCUGCGGCGGCGGCGGCGGCGGCGUGGCCGUGGCCGUGGCGCUCUCCCUGCUGCUGCUGGCGGUCGCCGGCGGGGUGGGGUGCGUCUGGCACUGGAAACACCGGGGCCGGGCCCCCCUCGCGCUCCCGGGGUUCCUGCGGAGGAGGCGCCGGCGGAGGGACUAUUCCAAGACGCUCUCCGCGGGCCCCCAAGGCGUCAGCGCCAAGGCCCCCGCCCCAGCCCCCCACCCCGGGGCCGGGGAGGCGGACCCCCAGGACCACUACGAGAACCUGCCCGCGGGGGGCCCCGGCGCCCCGGGGCUGUACGAGAACGCGCGGCGGGGCCCCUGCGAGGAGCACGUCUACGGGAACGAGGCCGCGGGCGACUAUUACAACUUCCACGCGCCCGGGGCCCCCGCGAGCCCGCAGGACGAGGACAUCUACAUCCUCCCAGACGCCUACUGA